UGGUUUCACAUUUCGCAUAUUGAUAACAAACUCAGAGGAGGAUGGCUGUACUGCUCCGACUGCAUGGCGUUCGUUUGACGGUUCUCGUAAUUGGCUUUCAUUCUCUCUGUGCAUUAGACCCAUGCGAUGAAGAACUGACAAGGCUGAGGGAGCAAGAGAAGCUUCUGAAAAGUCAGCUUCAACAACAAGUCCUCCUCCUACGCAGGCUACGACUGUUUAACCAAGCUGACAACGAGGCAAAUACCACAGUUGACCAAACCCAUAAAACGCAGCAAGAAGACUGUUCCCGUAUUUACAGUUCUGGCUCAAAAGCCACCGGUUACUACAACAUCCGACCCCGUGGCACCACUUCUCCAGUCAGAGUCUACUGUGAUAUGAAUGAAGGAGGUGGUUGGACUGUGAUACAAAAAAGGAUCAAUGGAAUAGAACAUUUUAACAGAUCGUGGGUGGAAUAUAAGGUUGGUUUUGGAAACAUGAUUGCAGACCUUGGGGAGUUUUGGCUUGGGAAUGACAACCUGCAUUCUAUCACUGCACAAGGCAAUUACACACUGAGGAUUUAUCUGGAAGACUUUGACGGUAACCAACGCUAUGCUGAGUAUAGGAACUUCCAAGUUGCAGAUGAAAAGGAUAACUACAGACUCACUUUCGGCACCUACACUGGCACAGCAGGAGACGCUCUCUCUGGGAAUUACCAGGCCGGUGUGUCCGACUGGGCCAGUCACCAGGGCAUCCAAUUCAGCACUUAUGACAAGGACAACGACAACUACCAAGGCAGUUGUGCACAGGAAGAUAAAGGAGGCUGGUGGUUCAACAAGUGCCACUCAGCCCAUCUCAAUGGCAAGUACUACCCCGGCGGAUACUACAGCGGACUGACGGACGACGGUGUCGUUUGGUACACAUGGAGAGGGUGGUGGCAUUCCCUGAAAACCGCCAUCAUGAAACUACGACCCGACGACUUCCAAAUUGAACCUUUGGACGACCCCAACGUCGUUGGCAGAGAUCCUCCAUCUUAAGUCGAACUUGGGUUCAUAAAACCACAGCCAGCGCUGCCUUGAAAUACGAGUAUAAUUUGUUCCGUGGCCACGCUUGCAACUCAAAACGCAUCUUUCCCCUUUGAAAUGAGUUGAAAUGCCAUUAAUAGCUUUUUU